GUCAGACUGAUGCAGGGAUGCUCAGUGGUCGGUCAGACAGUCGGUGCUUGUAGGAGAAAGUUUCUCUCUCUUCACUUCUCGGAAUAAAAAACGCUCUCUGUUGUUGCGUCUUUACGCGCGGACCAUCCUCCUUGUUCCCCCUUCCUCCGUGGAUGUUCCCGCUCCUCUCACCGGUGUGAUGGACGACGAGUUCCUCUCCAACUUCCCCGCGGGUCUGCCCGGAGACCCCGGGGCUCUGAACCCCUACAACUCCACCACCGAGGAGGACCCGGGCUGGUGGGCGUCCUCGGACGGCGGGGAGAAGGUGCACUUCGUGGUGCGCUGCGUCAUGACCUCGGUGUACAUCGUGAUCAUCACUGUGGGGCUGCUGGGAAACAUCACGCUGGUGAAGAUCUUCAUCACCAACAGCGCCAUGAGGAGCGUGCCCAACAUCUUCAUCUCCAGCCUGGCGGCGGGAGACCUGCUUCUGCUGGUCACCUGCAUGCCCGUGGACGCCUUCCGGUACUUCUCCGAGGAGUGGGUGUUCGGCGAGGCGGCGUGCAAACUCAUCCCCGUCAUCCAGCUCACCUCGGUCGGCGUGUCGGUGUUCACGCUCACGGCGCUCAGCGCGGACAGGUGAUCAGUCUCUCCUCCUUUUUCAUCCUGCAUGUGUUUGAUUUUAACCAAAUCUAAUGUUCCGGAUUUCUUCUUUAAUUUCACAAUUAAGAGUCAUUUUAAUUUCUGAUUCAAAGUUAUUAGAUCUGAUCUGAGGGAUCUAAUCAUUUAGCACUUCGUGCGUUUUUAUGUGAGGUGG